AGCGACCUGGACAGGUGGCCUCAGCCUCCCGAACCCGCCAUCUCCCGGCAACACCCAGUUGCCAAGGACAACCGUAGGGACACAAUGAUCCGGACAGGAGCCCAGGCCACUCCUGCCAUUUGCACUCCGACUUGGACCAGAACAAGCCAUGGCCCAGAAACCCCUCACCAACUCAGCCGCCGAUAAACUCAAUUUCGUUGCACAGGAUGAGAUCUGGAAAUAUCGCCUUCAAGCCGAGUCAGAUGCACGGAAUAAUUGGUCUAAGAAUUGGGGAUUUUUAACAAUCUCUAUGGAAGAGUUACUGAGGAGAGAAGGGGAAGUACCUAAGCCUCCGAAGCCCAAGAUAGAACUUCCAGGACAUUUAGGCAUCCGGCCCGUGACACCAGUGGAAAAAUAUAUUAAGGUCCACCCUUCACCACCAGUUCCUCAGACUACUACGGGUUUUAUUGGUUGGAGAUCCACAAUUCCUGGUCUGGAACUUGAGAAAAACUACAAGAUUAUAAGCUGUAAAGGUGCCUAUGCCAAAGAGCUUCAAUGGCCUGAGCAGGGAAUCCACUGAAGCCAAGUGGAGAACAGGAGAACCUUGAUCAUUUUAAGACUAAAAAAAAAGUUAAAAUAAUCAUGUGAGUUGGUUUUAAAAAAAGUAUGAUGAUGUGGUACUUAGCAUAGGCUAAAAAAAAUGUGUAAACUCUUUGGAGUUCAGACAGGUCACAGUCACUUCAAGAAGCCAGGUAGAUUUAUUCUUGGUUUUAUUCUUUAUGGUCAAUACACCUGUACAGGCAAA